CUGGAGGUGGGGGAGCGGGAAGGUCGGCCGCGGGCGGCUGUGACCGUGUGUUUUCGAGACGACUCCUGUGGUUCCCACCGCCCUUUAUCAAGCGUCUCCGGAGGCCGGGCCCUGGACAUGCAGCGCGGCAAUGAAUCCUGCUUAUCUAUGAAAUGCAGUUAACACAUCAGCUGGACCUAUUUCCCGAAUGCAGGGUGACCCUUCUGUUAUUUAAAGAUGUAAAAAAUGCUGGAGACUUGAGAAAAAAGGCCAUGGAAGGUGCUAUUGAUGGUUCAUUAAUAAACCCUACAGUGAUUGUCGAUCCGUUUCAGAUACUUGUGGCAGCAAACAAAGCAGUUCACCUCUACAAAUUGGGGAAAAUGAAGACAAGAACUCUUUCUACUGAAAUUAUUUUCAACCUUUCCCCAAAUAACAAUAUUUCAGAGGCUUUGAAAAAAUUUGGUGUCUCAGCAAAUGACACUUCAAUUCUAAUUGUUUACAUUGAAGAGGGAGAAAAACAAACAAAUCAAGAAUACCUAAUAUCUCAGGUAGAAGGUCAUCAGGUUUCUCUGAAAAACCUUCCUGAAAUAACAAAUAUUAGAGAAGUCAAAAAGAUAUAUAAACUGCCUUCACAAGAAGAAAGUAUCAGGACAUUAUUGGAUGGUAUCAUUUGUAGAAUGUCAACAAAAGAUGUUUUGUGAAAUGACAGAAAUACUAACAAAAAUUUUCACCAUUUAUACAAAACAUUGAUUUUCCUUUCCUGAUUAUAAAAUUAAUAUAUGUUCAUUGUAGAAAUUUUUAAAACACAGAAUGGUAUUAAAAAAAAACAUUCCGGGGCUGGCCUA